ACGCACACGUCUCGGUCUCCUUCUCUCCGCUUCGUGCGUUGCGCACUGCGCACGCCAAAGUGACGCAAAACAGGAAUCAAUGCGCACAAGUCGUGGAUGAGCCGCGGCUGCGUCUUUACGCGCGAAACGCCGCGGGUUGAGCCAGAAGGAAGAAGUGAGGGGGCCAGAAGAUGAAGUCCAGGAGUCAGGAUCAGAGUUUGUCGGACUCCAGAGAGCUGGACAGGUCGUACGACCCGCUCACAGGAAGUCUAGCUGAUGAUGGCGAACUGUCAACAGUGUGUUACAGACCUGAGGGACUCGACCGACUCGUGCAGCAGACCAACUUCAGCAAGAAAGAGCUGCAGGUCCUCUACCGGGGAUUCAAAAACGAAUGUCCGAGCGGCGUGGUGAACGAGGAGACUUUCAAGAGCAUCUACUCCCAGUUCUUCCCUCAGGGAGAUUCCGGGAUGUAUGCACAUUUCCUCUUCGACACGUUUGACAUCCACAGUAACGGAACGGUCAGCUUCGAGGACUUUGUCAUAAAUCUGUCCAUCAUCUUGAGAGGCUCCAUCACUGAUAAACUCAACUGGGCCUUUAAUCUCUAUGAUCUGAACAAGGACGGCUGCAUCACCAGAGAGGAGAUGACAGAUAUAAUGAACUCCAUCUACGACAUGAUGGGGAAGUACACCUACCCCAGCAUGAAGGACAACGCCCCCAAGGAGCACGUGGACAGCUUCUUUCAGAAAAUGGACAAAAACAACGACGGAGUGGUGACCAUCGAGGAGUUUCUGGACACGUGCCAAAAGGAUGAGAACAUCAUGCAGUCCAUGCACCUUUUCGACAACGUGAUCUAGACGGCGGCGGGCGCAGUCAGAAGAGAGACUUCCCUCCUGCUCGGAGCUCCUGUUCGGUCCCAGCUCUCCGUCCGGCCGUCGGGGCCCGGCCGGCGUCCCGCAGGCUCCAGAGAGCCGCGACCCCGGGAAUCCCACACUCACUAAACCUUUUCUAAAUCUGUGAAGAGAUGGAGCAGCUGUGGUCCAGUCUGGCUGGGAAAUGGCUUGAAGUGUGUGAAAGACGGAUGUUGCCGUUUUAAACUGUCCCAAACAGCCUGGUGAUGGCAGGAAGAGCAAAUGCAGUUGAAGUGAUUUUUUUUUUUUCUUUUUAAUUUCAUUCUCUUUUGCAUGUAUUAUUACACUGGAGCUAAAGAAACAAAGG